AACUGGGCCAGUUGGGGGUGGAGCUUUUCGCGUGACGUCCCUAGGCGGCGCCAGAUUCGAACGGCGGCGGGGAGGAAUAAAGCGGCAUUGGGCGAGAGCCGGCGAAGUGCGUUCCCGCGCUUUUUUGUCCUUCCUGCGCUGCCGUUUCUUUCUGAGGGAGGGUGAGAGAGAGAGAGAAAAAGCACCGUUGGGUUACCGGGCGGGGGGGCCCGUUUCCAUGGCAACCCCACCCAAGCGAAGCCGGAGCGGCGUGAAGAAAAUCGCCAUCGAGGGUAAUAUAGCUGCAGGUAAAUCUACCUUUGUGAACCUUCUCACAAAAGCCCGAGAGGAAUGGGAAGUUGUUCCAGAGCCGGUGGGGAAAUGGUGCAACGUUCAAGACAGCCACGACGACUGUGAGGAGCUGACAGCCUCACAAAAGAGUGGUGGAAACCUCCUUCAGAUGAUGUAUGAGAAGCCGGAGCGAUGGUCCUUUACUUUUCAAGCCUACGCCUGUCUGAGCAGAAUUAGGGCUCAGCUCAAAUCCCUUGAAGGGAAACUAAAAGAAGCUGAGACGGCUGUGGUUUUCUUUGAACGAUCCGUUUAUAGUGACAGGUACAUCUUUGCAUCCAAUUUAUAUGAAUCCGAUUGCAUGAACGAAACAGAGUGGACUAUUUAUCAAGACUGGCACAGUUGGAUGAAUCAGCAGUUUGGAUCAAGCCUUGAACUGGAUGGCAUUAUUUAUCUCCGAGCUACUCCUGAAAAAUGCUUGGAUAGGAUUUACAUCCGUGGAAGGGAUGAAGAGCAAGGCAUCCCCAUGGAAUAUCUGGAGAAACUCCAUUACAAACAUGAAAACUGGCUCCAGCAUAGGACAUUACGAACAGAGUUUGAAUACUUGCAAAAGGUACCCGUUCUAACCCUGGAUGUAAAUGAAGAUUUCAAAGGCAACAGAGACAAACAGGAAAAUAUGAUUGAGAAGGUCCAAGAAUUUUUAAGCACAUUAUAGCAUUUCUAGAAGUCUAACUGAAGCCGAGUGUUCCCACCAUUUGGAUCAGUUAUUCAUUUUAUCAAUGCUUGACUUUGCUUAACCAGGUUCAACUAUAUUGUGUGGUUAAAUAUUGCUACAAGCUGGUUUUCAGUUUGCUGGGUGUCCAGGUUCCUUAUGCGAAUGAAGUCUUCGCUGGGCGUGAGCAUUUGUUGCCAAAAACAGCUGAAGAGACGACUUGCUGUAACAACCAUAACAUUAUUUUUAUAGCAUGAAUGAAACAGUCAAAUCUACUGAUGUCUCUGUAAUUAGCAAAACUUGGAAGAUAGGUCAAAUUUCAUCACAUACAUUUUAAUCAUCUAUAUUCCUGUGGGAUGAUAUAUGGCAGCAACUUCCUCCCUAUAAGAUGGAGAUAAAAAGGUUCCCAAGCUUGCAUUUUACCCUCAAUUAUAUAUUUAAGUAACUGAAGCAAAUUUUUUUAGCUUGAUGUAAGUUAGCAAAAGCAUUUCCCUGGAGUGUGGAGACAAUUGACGGGUAAACGGUAAAAGCAGCCAGUCAUUCUUUUAUGUGUGUUUUGCGAUGUUGCAUACAUGUUCAAAAGGAGUACAGUUUGCAUUGCGGUGGUCUAGCACUGCUUGGGUCAGGUGUCUAAAUUGUAUUGGUCCUGAAUCCACCUGUGUUCUCAAGGCAAACCCCUCAGUUUUCUAGCAUAGGCUAUUGCAGUGAUGGCUAAUCUUUCUGCCAUUGCGAGCCAGGAGCUAGGGGGGAGUCGCGUGUGUGCCCACACCCAUAAUUCUAUGCGUCCCACUCCCAUGCAUGCGCGUGCGACCCCGCUUCCCCCAUUCCUGGCAUGCAAUGGCACGGUAAGCCCGUUUUUUGCUCUUCCCAGCCUCCAGAGCCUUUCUAGGAGUCUCGGGAGGGCGAAAAUGGCCUUCCCCACUCUCUUGAAGGCAGGAAACAGCCUGUUUCCCUGCUUCUGGUGGGCCCAGAAGGCCCGUGCACACGCCAGAGCUGAGCUCGCGUGCGCACCGAUAUGGCUACACCAUCACAGGGCUAUUGACUUCUUCCUGUAGAAGAAAAUGCCCAGAGUAAAGCAUUUAUGACUUCUCCUCAGAUUCAACUUGCUCUUUCCUUCACUCAGAAAGUCUUGCCAAGCUAUGCAUCAAAGUUACAGGCGUGCCAAACAGGAUCCCUUAGGUAAAUCAGGACUAUUUAAUGACUUCGGCAUUACCCCAAAAUGUGUGUUUUAUUUAAUGUUCUCUGCGUUAGAUUGAUCCAAGGCAGGGGUGUCCAACCUUGCAACUUUAGCUGGCUGGGGAAUUCUGGGAGUUGAAGUCCACAGAAAGUUGCAUGGUUGGACACCCCUGGACUAAGGCGUAACUGGUUGCAACCGGUUUGUAUUUAGCUGCUUUCUUGCUUCAUGUUUUCAUCAAUUUUAACGUACUGCUAAAUAUUCCACUUAAACUUGGAGUUGUUUUCUUAAAACACUUGGACCCAUUCGAUAUUGUCAUACAAAUACUGGAAAGGAACUUCAGAAGUAACUGUGGCUUAACUUAUUAAUCUCUUUACCAUUUCACGUUUUAAAACUGCAAAGCAUCGAAUUGUGUAGCCCCCUGAAAAUGGAUUUAUUCUUACAAGGUGUCUUUAAGUAUAGUCAACGAGUCCACGUUUUUAGCUUCCUAAGAUGUACGAUAUUUGAUCACCUUGGAAACUUUUUUGAUGAAAUAAAGGUCGAAAAUACCGCAUGUCUGUAUCAUUAAUCAUAUCAGUAAAUCUUAAUCAUGUAUCAAUAUAAUUCUUAGGCUCCAGGCUGGUUUUUUGCUGCUUUUUCUUUUUAAAAAUGCUAAGAUCGCAGAACUUUUUUUUUUUUAAA